UGGAUGAUUCCAAGACUUCUUCAGUUUCAAUGAUGAACGAGUGAACCUCAAAAAUACAUGUCGAGUAGUAAAUCGUUGUAAAUCGUGCAGACAAAGUAAAAUAUAGUGUUGAUAUCAAGAGAAUAAAUUCAUCUCCACGUAAUUAUUGAUUACUUCAAUUAUUUAUCUGUUCUGAUUUUUUUUCAUGGGAACAUCGCAGUCACGAAGAAACAAAGAAAACGCAAUGAACAGUGAAAAUAAAGAAUCGAAUAAAAAUCCAGAGAAUGAGAAUGCCAGCAGCAGCAGGCCUCUGUCCAUUGAGGCAGCAAGAGCUUCUGGGCCGAUUCGUCCAGUGGAGAAUCAACCGAGACAGCCUGAGAAUCUCCAGGGCCUCCUGAGAUUCGCAAUGGAGGCUACGAAGGCUGAAGAUGCACCUCAGAACACUCAUUUCACUCCGAUGGACGAAGAGAGCAAAAAGUUUCUGAACGAGGCAUUAGCAUCCCUGACAGUGAACGUCGUCGAAGAACUCCAGAAGUCGAUAAAGACCCUGAGAAAUGUAAUGGAACUUCGUCCAGAGGACGAUCCAAGUGAAUACGAAAAUGCCCUGGAGGUGAUAGCUGAAUACGUCGACAGUAUAGACAUUGCAAACGACUUCUACAAAAUCGGUGGCUUCUCCAUCUUCGGUCCAUGCUUGAACUCACCUCAUGCAUCCAUCAGGUGGAAAGCCGCUGACAUAAUAGCUGAGUUGACGCAGAACAAUCCGUUCUGUCAGAAUAAAAUUCUUGAGAUGGGACUCAUGCCUAUUCUGCUGGGAAUGGUCGACUCUGAUCCCUCGGAUCAGGCGAGGAUCAAGUCACUUUAUGCUGUUUCUUGCAUUGUCAGGGGUAAUGCACUUGCUCUAAAAUAUAUGGACGUUAAUGAUGGAUAUUCAGUAUUGAUGAGAGCACUCCAGAGUCCAGUGGAAAAACUGCAGAUUAAAUCGGCAUUUUUACUCUCCGCACUGUGCAAUAAAGAGAAUGCACACGCAAUUCGGUCGAAUUUGAUUAAAAUGGGAUUGAUUGAUCAGGCUGCUGGGUUAUUAUCAAUGUCGAAUGUCUUCCCUGACACGAGGGAUCGCCUGUUGGAUAUUCUGAACAGUCUCACCCUCAACAACAAUCUCCCUGCCUUGAGAGAGUGUCGGAGGCCUGAAUUUUGCCUCAAGCAGACCCUGGAGCGUCACCUGGCUGAUUUAAGAGCCGAGGAAGCGGUUGAUGAAGCCCAAGCUUGUGCACAACUACUUGACAAAAUAUUUGCUGAUCAAUCGAUGAAUCAAGACAGAUAGUUUUGUUUUAAUGAAACUUUUUCGUAAUUUUUAAUAUUAACAUUACGUUUUUUUUUUUCGUUUAUUUGGAGAAUAAAUAAUUACAUUUACCAAUAAAUGAACUGAAGCAUC